CGUUGCGAGCUCUCCGCCUCGGAGCUCUCUGUGGCUCGGAGGACUCGCGGAAAGACCGGAAGCGGAAGUUGCUCAACGGGAAGGAGACGUCGCCUCGUAGCCUGGCGGGGGCUUUUUCGGUUCUAGCAGCAGCAGCAGCAGCAGCGGCGGCGGCGAUAGACUCAACAUGGGCAAUACAAGCAGUGAGAGGGCCGGGAUGGAGCGCCAGGGGGGCCACAAGACGCCCCGGCGGGACAGUACGGGGGGAGCCAUCACUACCAAGGAUGGGGACAGGCCCAAGAUCCUGAUGGACAGCCCCGAGGAUACUGACCUCUUCCACUCCGAAGAGAUCAAGGCUCCGGAAAAGGAAGAGUUCCUUGCCUGGCAGCAUGAUCUGGAAGUGAGUGACCGAGCCCCCACCCAGGCUCGUCCAACUGUGUUUCGCUGGACAGGGGGAGGAAAAGAGGUUUACUUAUCUGGAUCCUUUAAUAACUGGACGAAACUACCCCUCACAAGAAGCCACAACAACUUUGUAGCAAUCCUGGAUUUGCCAGAAGGAGAGCAUCAGUACAAGUUCCUUGUGGAUGGCCAAUGGACCCAUGACCCCGCUGAGCCAGUAGUGACCAGCCAGCUUGGCACAGUCAACAAUGUCAUUCAGGUGAAGAAAACUGACUUUGAAGUGUUUGAUGCUUUAAUGGUGGAUUCCCAAAAGUGCUCCGAUGUGUCCGAGCUGUCGAGUUCGCCACCAGGACCCUACCAUCAGGAGCCCUACACUUGUAAGCCAGAGGAACGUUUCAAAACUCCACCCAUCCUUCCCCCGCACCUGCUCCAGGUUAUCCUGAAUAAGGACACUGGCAUCUCGUGUGACCCCGCUUUACUGCCAGAGCCCAACCACGUCAUGCUGAACCACCUGUACGCCCUCUCCAUCAAGGACGGUGUGAUGGUGCUCAGCGCCACCCACCGCUACAAGAAGAAGUAUGUCACCACCUUGUUGUACAAGCCCAUAUGAAGCCCCCAGGAUGCCACUGGCGCCAGGGAGCAGCGGAGAGGAUGGCGCGGCCCGACCCGUCUGCAGCUUCACGCUGCAGGAACUGCACCCCACGGUCUGCAUUCUCUGCUCUUCUAAGACAGUUCCCACUCGCCCUUUUGGCCCAGUAGCUCCUGGGGAGCCUGGCUGGCCCCGGCGGCCACUGACCAUAAAACCUUCUAGCAUUCACAGCAGCGGGGAGAGCACAAAGCAAGGCACAGAAGAUGGGCCACAGCCCAGAGCACAAAGGCCCGUGCACGCUCUGGCAGGCAUACAACACCCUCCCCAAAGUCCUAACCGAGUCAGCCCCGACCCGGCUGCGGGCCACCAUGUGCCUCAGGAUCGGGGCUCAGCAAAGGCCUCUCCUUACCAGCGAUUCUUGCACCCAGCUGCGGAUGCCACAGCAAGUAGGGUGGCCACAGCUCUAAGCAAGAGCUCUGUCCCCCCAGGCUGGCAGCAAGUUUGCACAGGAGGCUCUGUCCCUGUCCCUCAUGAACACUGAGCACACUGUGUCAAACCCAGAAUGACUGUGGGGGGUGGGGUAUACAUAGAGAUGCAAUGACACAGGCUUAUAAAGGCAUUUUCUUUUCUUAAUCACCAACACUUGGUUGUGGAUCAUGUGAAAAGGGCCCCUAGGAGCUCUUGGUGCAGCCAACGACUCGUCCCGGGGCUGCCCCGGUCUGAGAGGGGCACUCCUUGUUCUAGGUUUGGGUUGUUGCUUGGUGGUGUUUUCAAUCAUCCAGUAGUCCAAAGGUGGCAGGUGACCCUUGGGACCCAUUUCUCAAAUUUUCCCACAUGGCUGAGAUGUCCAAAUCAAAUGAUCAUGGAAGGCCACAGCAGGGGCCAGCCAUUUAGCAAGCUCUUGUUUCUGAAGGGAAGCUAGACUUUCCAGGGUGGGUAACCUCACAAGAAACGCCAGCUGGGCCUAGCAGCGGGCCAGUGCACGAGGCCGCCCUUGUUACCUCACUCCGGUGUUUGUCCAUUCAGUGCUCCCGAGCCUUCGGGCACUCACACCUCUUGUGUUGCUGUGAAAACACUGAAUCGCUGUCACCUCGUCGUACCUCCUGAACAGGUUUAAAUAAAGCUUUUUAAAAAACGUA